AGGAGUAAAGGCAGCAGGAGAGUUUUUCCCCUUACAUAACUCGAGGUUUCAGUGGUUUCCUGUGGCAGCAGCACCUGGGCACUUUGCACUGUGCCUGCGUAAGCACGGUGGCUGUGGGCAGGGAACUUGGGCAACGCUCUUUCUGGGAAGCAGAGGGAGGGAAGGAGGGCUCAGUGUCCAAAGGGCAAGAAGGGCCAUGCUGGCAGCGAACUCCAGUAGUGCUGAGGAACUGAGAUACGUGCUGGGACGGUCAGUCACCUCUAUAGAAGUGUCCAAACAAAACGAAACAAAUUAAUCUAAGCCCUCAUGGACACCCAAGCGACUCUAACAGCACAACAAUCUGAAUGAGCUUAGCCCGGUCGGGUUUUCGUGCUGGUUAGCACAGCAGGGAGAAGGAAAGGAAACACAAGCCUGACCCUGGCUCGGGUUCUCCGGUUGUGGAGCUGGGCUUGGCUUGUUUUCUUGGUCAUAUGCAGCUGACUCGAUAUCGGGAAAGAGCACUGCCCUUAGAACCGAAAGAGAAAGCAGAUAACCAUCUGCACGUGACAAAACAGGCUGUGGGGACAGCCACAGCACCGGCUGCAGCCACAGCACCUCUCGGCUCCUAGAACGGCAGCACAGCCCUCUCCAGCGUGUUUCAGCUCCACACCCACCCAAAUGGGCAGCCCAUUCAGAACAAUGGGCGUCCUCCAUGUGACCUUCCAGUCUCUCCAGAAGCCUGUUGAGAAGAAGCCCUCCAAGGGAGUCUACAAGAAGUGAGGGAAAAGUGACCAGGGGAAGUGGACAGCGUGAAGCAGAAGCCUAUUCACUGCAGAAGAGGACAGUACACAUUCUGGGAAGAGGAGCAGAGUCUGGUUUGCCAACCAGUCUGUGAGAGGAGCAAGGUGGAUGGCAAUCACAGGGGACUGGGCCCCAGGCAACCAAGACAGAGGAGCACCAUGUCUACCAGCCUCAGUGGGUAGCAGAGCUCCAGGCAUCCUCACAGCAGCUUUUACCAUGGUAGCAAGAAAGCAUGCAGGCACCAGGAUGGGUCUGCUGCCACAGAGGCGUACCAAGAACCUGCUGCACCUGCUGAUUUUACUGGAGACUCUUGGAGCCUUGGCCUUGAUGUCCUAUGCACUGCUGUACGAAGUUGGAAACCUGGUGAACCUCCCUGACAAACGCAUCGGCUUUUACAACUUCUGCCUGUGGAACGAUACAGCUGGGGAGCUGCAGUGCCUGGACACCAAGCACCUACAGGCAAUGGGCAUCAGUCUACUACAGCUGGGACUAGCCAGGGUCUGUGUGUAUACCUGCCUGGUCUUAAUCCUCUUCCACCUCCCUUUUCUUUUAAAUGUGAAUUGCACAGGGCAAGGAGAGGGAUGGAAGAUGAUCCGCACCAUACUGUUCAUCAAGACGAUAAUCCUGUCUGGAGGCCUGGGUAUGUUUCUUUUACAAACCUCGCAGUGGAUUCAUCCCUCUGAUUUCACUGGAGGCUUCCUGGCACUGCUUGGGACUCAGGCUCUGCUACUGCUCCAGAUUCUCACUGCCACCGUGCUGGGUCAAGCACACACAUAGGUGUCAAAACCAUUUAACUGACAAGGCCCUGCCCACUAAGAUUUGACAGUGAAGGAGAUGCAAGAGCUAUCGGUAAUAUGAUUUAAAAUUGUAAUCCAAAUACAGCUUUACUCCCUAGCAAAAAUCUGAUUCCCAGUCCAAAGGCUCAUGUCCAGCCAUGCUCUGGCACAUUGCUGUGUGCAGCACUCCUGCAUCAAGCUGGCAGCAGACACCAAGAGCCACAGCACAGAAGCUUUCCAGGUACACGUUGCACCUUCCCAGGUUCAACAGCAUGUAACACCCCUCAGUUUGGGGCACAGCAUCAAAGUGGCAGCACUUCUGGCCCCAAAGAGCAGUGAAGGUAGCACAACCAGUGUACAGUGAACACAGCUCUCUGCUCACACCUAGUAUAAGUAAAAAACGUUGCUAGCAUCUCAUAGUGUGUGAUUACAUUUGUAACUAACGAAGUAUUUAUAAUACAUUUUGCCCUACCAUAUAACAAAGAUAAAGGGAAUUUAAAAAUAGUAUCUGUAGAUUGUGUUUAACUAGGAACUAACAAAUGCUCAGGAAAAUGUAACCAAACAGGUAGUUUCUUAAUAAGUAGAUAGGAUACAUAUAACUUAAAAUAAAUAAGCUGCCAAUCAACAACCAACCUUCAAGGCUGCGAAGAAAGCCAUCUAGGACGAUACUGAAGUAACACCAGAAAGAAGCAGUUUUGUAGUUUGAAAACAAGGUAACAGACUGAGCAUGCACUGAUUAAGAAAGUGCAAUAAAAGGACAAGUGAUGCAGAUGAUUAAACAACCACCAAAACCCCUACAGGAGGGAAGUAAUAAACCUAAAGGACACUAGAUGGCAGAAAACACUGAAACAGUUAAUACAGUUCAUAGAAUUAUUUUUCAAAACAGGAGUUUUAUGUUAUUGAUUUUUCUGUGUAGUGAAUAUGUAGCAGCUUUGUGAGUAUACACUGCAUUAAUUCAUCCCGUGGCUGGGUGAACUUAUGUAAAUAAAGAAUGCCUGCUUAACAGUGA